UAGGGACCCUGGCAUCCCCGCACACCCAGAGAUGCCUCUGAAAGGCAAGGGGAGAGGCUAGAUUUAAAGACAGUGGUCUCUAGUUUUCUAUGGCUGUGAACAAGCCAUUCUUCUCCAGGGACGUUGGUGUCGCAGGCCGGCCAGACCUCGUGGCCUUGCUCCGCGCAUGCGCUUCCCCUGGGGUCGAGACACCACCCGCCGGACCUGACUCAGGCAGGGCGCGGGCUGCAAAGCUGCCCACCCCUGGGGCAGCCUGGGGGGCCUGCGGGCCUGAGGGGACCAGCGACCAGCACAGGAACUUCGGUCUGAGGCCUCUCUUCUCCACUCAAGGUGCCAUCAGCCCAGGAGCACCGGUCCAAGAGGAAGGCUGCAGCCUGAGACGGCCGCCCUCCCCGCCGAGGACCAUCACCCUCAGCCUGGGCUAUGCAGCCAGUGCUGACGCCUGUUUCUAGGUACCCAGGACAGCGCGGGGAGGGGCAUGGUUCUCUAGGACACAAGAAAGAGCCCUGGCAUCUAAACCGAGUUCCAGGUCCCCAGGGCCCUGCUUUUUCCACAUCGAUACACUAAGUAGGAACUCAGUUUUCCUUGCUCGGGGAUUCUGUGAUUUAUGGCGGCCGUAAAAACUUCCAACUCGGAUGGACAUUUCAGUGUGGAGAGACUCAAGGAAUGGCCGGAGCCGGAGUCUGUGUCUUUAAUGGAGAUCAGGUAUGCAGGAGGAUUCUGUGAGUGGGAGUGCCUGGGUUCAAAUUUGGCCAAAAGCCAUGGUGAAGAAUGGCACCAGCUGACUGCCAGAUGUUAGCUAGAGAAGACAUCGAUGAAGCUGUGUAUGCAAUAUUAUUCAGAGAAAACUACAUUGUGAAGAGACUGGAUACUUAUUUCCAGCAUGAGGCUGAUUUCAAGGAAAGAAGAAGAGAGAUGUUACACAAACGAUGGGUUGAGAAUGUAGCAAAGCCUCUUCAACAGCGGGUUAUAGAGAAAGUCAUUUCAUAUAGAAGACCUGGGAAAAGUGAAGUGAAAUUUGAAUACUGUGCAAAGCACACAGAUAAACCGACCAAAGCCUCUCCGCCGUGUGAGUGUCUGUUUCGAAGACAGCAAGAGCUCCGAGAAAUGAAGGGAACCAGCUACCAACAGAGCACAGGGAAACAGAAUGACGCACAGAAAGAACACACUAAAGAAACCAGGAAGGCCCCCCACUUCGGCAGAUCACCCCAGUUCAUGCACGCUUCCCAUGGCAUCGUUCCCAAAGAGAAGCCGAGAGCCCCUCCCCGGUCUGCUUGGAACAAGCCCAGCACACACAGUUUUGAAAAGCCUGUCUGUAAAUCAAAGUCAUAUCUGCCUCAGGAAGAGACCCCCGACCUAAGCCAGCUUGCCUUUGAAAGGCAGUUCCGUUCCUCUAAGCUCAGGCCGGAGAACAAAGAGAUUGAGAAGUGUCUGGUUUCAGGGACCCAACCCCCGAGACCCCGCUCCUGGGCGGCCGCAGACAGCCGCCACCGGCAGGUGCCGCCGGCCUUGGGAAGACGAGUGAUGACCGCUGAGCUCCUGGGCAAGCAUCUGGCCUCCCUGCAGGGGGCAGCCAGGUCAGGCCUGCAGUGGUCCUAGAGCUGCCGGCCCUCCCACUGCACGCACACGCACACACACACACACACACACACACACACACACACACACACACACCACCCAGAACGCAGCCAGGUCAGGCCUGCAGUGGUCCUAGAGCUGCCGGCCCUCCCACUGCACACACACGCACACACACACACACACACACACACACACACACACACACAC